AUGACAAGCAGAGGCACAGCUCGGCCCAACGGCCAGCCUCAGGCCAGCAAAAUCUGCCAAUUCAAACUCGUCCUGCUGGGAGAGUCUGCAGUAGGCAAGUCUAGUUUAGUGCUGAGAUUCGUCAAGGGGCAAUUCCACGAAUACCAGGAGAGCACCAUUGGAGCUGCCUUCCUCACACAGUCAGUCUGUCUGGAUGACACAACAGUCAAGUUUGAAAUCUGGGACACAGCAGGACAAGAACGAUACCACAGCUUGGCACCUAUGUACUACCGGGGUGCCCAGGCUGCUAUUGUGGUCUAUGAUAUCACUAACCAGGAAACCUUUGCUCGAGCAAAGACAUGGGUGAAAGAACUACAGCGACAGGCCAGUCCCAGCAUUGUCAUUGCCCUGGCAGGAAACAAGGCUGACUUGGCCAACAAGCGCAUGGUGGAAUAUGAAGAGGCCCAGGCAUAUGCAGAUGAUAACAGUUUAUUGUUUAUGGAGACAUCGGCCAAGACAGCCAUGAAUGUGAAUGACCUCUUCUUGGCUAUAGCUAAGAAAUUGCCCAAGAGUGAACCUCAAAACAUGGGGGGUACAGCAGGCCGAAGCCGAGGUGUGGAUCUCCAUGAGCAGUCGCAGCAGAACAAGAGCCAGUGUUGUAGCAACUGAUGGGGUGGCUGGCACCAAAUGAGUGUGGAGCAAGCACGAGAGCUAAGACAUAACUUCAGUCCCCACCCCUCAGCACACAGCCCCUUCGGUAACAGCACACUGAGCCCUGGCUCCCAAAGGCCACCUCCCAACAGCUCCGUCAUGGCACUUGUUAAUGCUUCAGCAACCAACAACAACAGGCAGCUGUUGCCACUGGCCUCCCACCCUCUGCCCUGGGGCUUAAGGGGGUGGUUAGUUCCCCCUGGAACUUAUCUUCCAAAACAAACUUUCUUCACUUUGUAUUAUAGGUGCAAGACAAUAACCUACUUAUCUAUCUUUCUCUUUCCAUCCUUCGUCCCCAUGUCUAAGGAUAACAUUUUUGUCACUUGCUCCUUCUGCUUUCCAUCAAUAACUGGUUUUGGUCCUUUUCCCCACCUUGAUGUUCCCCUCUCCCCAGGAUUGGAGAGGUGAACUUGAUGUUAACAGCACAUCCACAUUGGUAACCUGGGGAGGAGAGGGGAAUAAGGGUCUGGAAGGAAAACAGCUCCUUUUUUUGUCAUUAUAUAAUGGGUAUUUCCCACAUUUGAAGAAAGCUGCAAUGUCCUUGAUCCUUUUCUUCUACCCCUAGGUGGAUGAUGGGAAACUUCUGGGUAAAGAUGAGAAUUAGGGAGAAAAGUAUGCAGGGUCAUGCUGAGUUAGUUAACCUGGCCAGAGGAAGAAGCUUUUAGGGUUCCUUGUGAGCUCUGUAGUACUUUCUCUGCCUUUAUUUUCCCUUGGCUUUUGGGAGCAUUUCCCCCAUGGUGAUUCAGCCCCAGGGUCUUCCAAAGAACUGUUAUUGGGUGCCUUUUUCCUGGCUCUGCUGUGGUCUAGUUGGAGGAGGGACCAGUCUCUGAUACCCAUCCUCUGAUUGAUAAUACAUAUAGAAUUGUUUUCCUCAUUGGCCACAGCCCCAUCACCUAUCCCCUUCCAACCCUGGGCAUGGCCUGUGUAUCAUUGCGGUUUGCACUUUAGUUGAUGGUUGGUUUAUUUGGAAUGCUUAUUUUAUGUUGUUUUUAAUGCACACACCUUCCUUUUUUAUAACUACAUGGAAAGUGAGGUGUAUAUGAGGUCUGUGGGGUGGAUGAGAAAGGGCAAUGGCAGUUACCCAAGCCAAAUCCUCUCUCCUCCUUAACCCUACCCUCAAACUUUGAUUCCUUUCUACCUUGUCCACUCCUUUGCUGUGCUUGAGAACACUCUGAAGACCUGGUGGAAAGACAGAUUGAAGAGUGCUCAGGGAAGCACAGGCCAAGGUAGAGAUUAGGCAUGUCCCAAGCAAGAAGCAGGGAUAUAGGGAAGAGGAGAAGACAACUACCUUUUCCUCAGAUGAGUCUCUCAUUUUGAUGCCCUAUCUCUGUUGUCUUUUCUACUUCCCUGUAAAUAGGUAUGGUGAUCGCUUUCCCCUUUGUAUAGUCUGUCAUGCCAUUUGGCUUCCAAACAGGCCCCAGUCACUCCCUAUUCUGUGGGGAUCCCUUGCCUUCUACCCCUACUCCUUUGGUUAUUCUUUAACAUCUCGCUUCUGAGGGAGAAUGACAAAUCAUUCUUUCUAUCUUAAUCCCCUUUACAUUUAUUCCUAGGAGCUAUGGCCUCCAUAUCCUGCUCUUUUGUCAUUAAGCCACAAAGUCCUAAUUGCAGUCCCAUAGACCAUAUGAGCUGCUCUUCUGGCAUGAAAUAACUGGUUUUGAGAGUUUUUUUCAUAGUAGUGUUAGUCUUCUCAAGAAGGAUUAACACAUGCUGCAUCCGGAAUAUAGAUUUCUGAGAUGAAGGUGGGUAGAAAAGGUCCUUGUCUUAGAGUAUUAGGGAAAGCCGUCAAGGGAGCAGAUGUCAGGAGAAGAUAGAUUAUUGUUUCUCCAAGUAUCCUCUUGUCCAUUGUUAGGAAUGUAGUCCUAUUUAGGAGAAAGCUGUAUAUAGGACCAUGGCUCACUUUUGUGUCCCAGGGUUUAGAGUCCCACUUGUUUUUCCUGAUCCAUAGACACUUAAACUGCCUUAUCUGUCUCAAACACAUAAACAUGCCAAAAAAGAAAAAAAAGCUAUGAAAUUUAUAGACCUAUGUCCUCGUUGGAGUCAUCUUAGGCCCUUCAGCUGAGCUUUUCCCAGUGACAUCCCCAGGGGCCUGGCAGAUUCUUUUUCCUUCCUUUCAGGUUGCCAUCAACUGAUCAAACAUGCAAACAGCCAGCAUACUUCAGAAAAGCUGGGGAACGGAGGGAUCUCUGGGUCUCUGCAUAUUUGUGUGUCUACACUUUGGGGUGAGGGUAUCUUUUUGCCUUGGGAUUGGAGUGUUUUCCCCAGAAGAUUCUCUUUUCUGCCUCCAUCACUCAUUCCCCAUCCUUGUACACAUACUUAAGGAACAGGAUUGGCCUUAGCUUCUUUGGCUUGUCUACUGCCUUCCCAUUCAUCCAACCUUUUCUGCUUGCCUUUGGGCUCAGUGAGACUAGCUUUACUGGGCUUUGGGAGUUUUUUAAUUUUUCUGCUUUUUUUUUCUGAUCAAUUGUUUUUAUGGGGUUUUUUGACUUUUUUUUUUUUUUUUUUUUUUUUUUUUUGCUUCCAAGAAACCAUUUGUCUUUCUCCCUUUCCCUUCCCUAAAUAUAACAAUCGUGGUAACAGAAUGCACCUGCUGAUUUACCAAUGUAUUUAAUGUAAGUAAAAAAGAAAAGAGGGAAAAAAGAGGAACAGAGUGUAUUAGUAUUUCUUUCCUAAUAUUUUUCUAGCUGAAGCUAGAUGUUGGAAGAGAAGGGGGCAACGAAAUUGAAUCAAAAUGCCUAGUUUGAUUCCAUUUUCCAUCUCCUCCAGGACAUUGAAGGACACUUCAAAAAUGACCAAAGUUACUAUUUUGGAGUGGUGGUUUUUUGGGGUAGGACUUUCUCUGUUUUUAAAGCAGCAGAUCACUUAUUAGAUUAUCAAAUUCCUUUGGAGGGUCUCCAAUAAGCUUCUAACCUUUUUUGUGUCAUGAGUCCCUUUGGCAGUAUAGUAAAAACAAUAGCCCCCUUGUCAGAUAAUUUUUUUAAAUUGAAAAUUGAGGGAAAUAAUAAACUUCAGUUAAAAUUUGGUGAAAAUAAGGUAAAAAAUUUCCCAUCCAAAUUCACAGACUACUUGUGAGUGUCUCUUGAUAUUCUCUUUUCUUAAUAGCCCUUUCCUGUACCAAAAGUAGAAAGCAGGAUUUCCACAUGUCCAAGGAAUAGAAAGUAGAAGAGUAGGAGCAGAUUUUUCUCCUUAUGCAUUCCUCAGUACAGCACUGCUUUCAAAUGUAUACCAGUAGGAUAGGUGGGAAUUCGGCCUCUUGGACCACUAGUUAGUGCCCAAGUCUAGUUUGCUACUACAUCAGCUUUUUAUUAUACUUUAUAAAUUGGUUUAGUGCACCCAGGCCUUUAAUAUUGUAAUCAGUACUUCCAGGACCCUCUAAUUCAUCAUUCACAUUACUAUUACUUUUAUUCACCAACCCGGCAUUUUUCUGUUGAGAGAGGAGCAUGACUGAAGCAGUCUGACUUAUCAUGUAGUUGAAUCAUCCUGUCACUGGGGGGCGAUGUGGGAAUGUCGUAAGACAAGAUUCCCCCAACUGCUUGUUGACCCAUUGAUUUCAGUUCUCCCGGGACCUGGAGAAGUGAGAAUCGAAUUUUGACCUCCAUUCCAUAUCCUCGAGGGGUAAACUGUCACGGAAGGAAACUGUAAGAAGGCGAAAGCAGGAGCCAAUAUAGCACUUUUGAAAACGACGUUUCGAAAUUGCGGGCUAGAGAAUUUGCCUGCUCAGAGGGUGUGCCCAAGAACAAGGCACCGCACUAAAUGCUGGAAAUUAAAAACAAAAAUGAAAUCCUGUUUAGAUUCUACUCUAAUUAUCUGGUUCAUGCAAGGAGAAAGUAGGGAAUUGCUGUCCGGAUGGAUUUCAGUAUUUCAACUUGUUUCCCGCUAGUUCGUGAUUUGGGGUAUUGAGAGGAAGAAUAGCUUCCAAAAUAGCCAUAUAGAGGCAUAGAUGUGAUCUCAAAUCUAUCUGUAGCUUCCUUUUCUAGCCUUGGUUCAGUUACUCGCUCCACCCCCUUUGCUCUUUACGAUGCCACUCAAACAGGACAUACCAGUUCUGUGGAUCUCCCCGGAAUGCAAUCCCUCGAUCCUCCGCCUCGUAAGAAUCUGACGUCUGCUUCAGAUUAAACUUCCCUGGACCCCUCAGCUGUAACUGUUCUCAUGAUACUGGCUCUCUCUUUUGCCUCCAUCACUCUCCACUCUUUAUUGAUACCUAAGACAUAUCGCUAGAACGCAAGAAGACUCCUAAUCUGGUGGACUCUCCAGUGGCGGAUUUGUAGGGGUCUCGCAAUGGUUUGGGUUAUUAUCAGCAUUGUUUGAGGAAAUAAUCCACAUACAUGAGUUCUGAGACCCAAUUAGUCUUAAAGCUCACAUCUAUCCUUUCCAAUAGAAUGUAAGCUGCUGGGAGGCAGGAACCUUGUUUUUCUUUUUUGUAUGCUCGGCGCCAAGCACAAUACCUUGCACUCAGUAGAUGCUUAAUAAAUAUUUCUUGAACGUUG